AUGGAAUCACCAGAGAUUUAUUCAAUGAUUUUACCACUCAUGACUAUCAUCUCCUCCUUCAAUCUCGCCCUCGCUAUCAUGUGCUACUUCAUCCGCCGCAAACGACAUAUCCCCGACGAAGAAGCACCCGAGCUCACUGAGAUCAACCAGCCAAAUCUUGAACGAGGCAUGCUUGUCGAAAUCAUAUCCAUUUAUCGAGACGGCAUCGAAAUAUACACAAGAGGCAAAUCACCCGGCUGUCGACGUUUGUAUUGCCAUCCUUCACUCCAAGACCCCGAGCAAGCUCACAUGUACCUCCACGACGUCCCAAUACCUCCUAAAAGAUCAAUGACAGAUCUACGAAGAGAAUUAUACGCAGGACUACGUCGGGUACAACGAAUUUGCAACAAUAGCCAACUACCAAAAUCACCACGACAUGGGCAACCAGUUACAGAUCCCACGAAUACAUAG